GAGAGGGAAAGGGAGAGAGAGAGAGAGAGAGAGAGAGGAAGAGAGGGAGCGAGCGAGUGAGUGUUGCUGUGGGUCCAAGCACGGUGCUGUCGCUGGGACUGUACGACGUUAAGCCGAAAACCUGCUGAAAUGAGUUUCCUUGGCGGUUUGUUUGGUCCUGUCUGUGAAAUUGAUGUCAUACUGAAUGAUGCUGAGAGCAGAAAAACAGCAGAGCUGAAGACAGAAGAUGGGAAAGUGGAGAAACAUUACUUGUUUUAUGAUGGGGAGUCUGUUUCCGGAAAGGUAAAUCUCAAUGUAAAACAGACCGGCAAGCGGCUUGAACAUCAGGGAAUUCGGAUAGAGUUUGUUGGACAGAUCGAACUUUUCAGUGAUAAAAGCAACACGCACGAGUUUGUGAACCUGGUGAAGGAGCUUGCUCUUCCUGGAGAGCUGACCCAAAAUCGCAGCUAUGACUUUGAAUUCAUGCAAGUGGAGAAGCCAUAUGAGUCCUAUGUUGGAGCUAAUGUGCGAUUGAGGUAUUUCCUCAAAGUAACAAUAGUGAGGAGGCUGUCUGAUUUGGUAAAAGAGUAUGACAUCAUUGUCCAUCAGCUUGCUACCUACCCUGAUGUCAACAAUUCCAUCAAGAUGGAAGUGGGCAUUGAAGAUUGCCUACAUAUAGAGUUUGAGUACAACAAAUCCAAAUACCACCUUAAAGAUGUAAUUGUGGGUAAAAUCUACUUUCUGCUGGUUCGAAUCAAAAUCCAACACAUGGAGCUUCAGUUGAUCAAAAAAGAAAUGACAGGAAUUGGGCCGAGUACGACUACGGAGACGGAAACUGUGGCCAAGUAUGAGAUUAUGGAUGGAGCACCAGUGAAAGGUGAGUCCAUCCCCAUACGCCUCUUCCUUGCUGGCUACGACCUCACAGCUACAAUGAGAGAUGUAAACAAGAAGUUCUCUGUGAGGUACUUCUUAAAUCUGGUGCUGGUAGAUGAAGAGGAUAGGAGAUACUUCAAACAGCAGGAGAUUGUUUUGUGGCGAAAAGCUCCUGAGAAACUGCGAAAACGCAACUUCCAUCAGCGCUACGAGUCCCCAGAGCCACGGCCGAGUCUCUCUGCUGAGCAGCCUGAAAUGUAAGGUGGGGGCGCAGGGACAGUCAGCCAGGGACACGUUUCUCCAGUGGCCAAUCACAGGAGAGGAGAGCAAUUCCCACCAAACAUUCAUGCCGCCACUCCUCACAACUUGCGGUGAUGGGCUGUGUCUUUGCCUGCCUUCGCUGUGUCCACUCCGCCGUCCGCAGCAAGCAAAUUGUUAGCAUUCAAGGACUUCUUACACACUAUAGAAAGCACUGGGACAGAAGCUACUUUGUAAAUCUUACAGUACAGUUUGGGGCUUGCACCCUUCUCUAGAUGAAGAUUUUUUUUAAUGCACUUGCUAGUUUUCCUGAAGAUCCAGAUAGAUAUAUGGCAUCCAGGAUUUAAAAAAAUACACUUCACUUCAGAGAGCGUUCUAGUGCAUGCUGGCUGGUUGGAUUGAAUAUUUGGUCAUUAACAGCUAAUGUCGGCUACGGGGCCAGUCUUAAAGGUCAAGCAAUGAAAUAUGUUCUGCGUGUACCCAGGCCAGAGUGCCAUACUGUUUUUGAAAUCACUUUAAGAUGUAAAAGAUUUCUAUUUAAAUUAUUUAGCGUCUAAUCUUUAGGUCUUUAUUGCAUUAGGUAAAUUCUCCUCAUUGUAAGUACAUUUUGGACAAAAAGAUUAUAUAUAUAUUAUCAAGAUGUUCAGUGUUUUUGCAUGAGGCUUUGAAUUUGAAGCUUUCCAAAAUGACACGAUUUUUGUUUUAGGACGGUUAUAUGUGAGCGACUUGCAAUACGUUCAGCUGAUGGAUUUAGCUGAUUACGGAAUGGCUCACUAAAAUAUUCUUAUUUUCGUUCUCUUAACCUAUUGAGAUGACUCUCAAUCUUACAGCAGAGCUAAAUGUAGGCUGCACUGCUUUCACUUUUAGAGUAGUAACGUCUUUCUGUUUCUGAGUACCAUAUGCAGGCAUUUCUUCUUGUUUAAAUGUAAAAGUGCCCGUAAGGUUAUGAUGAAAUUACGCGAGAUAUAUCCCUUGCAUGACAGCCUGGUUAAAAUGGCUCUGGUACACAAAGCGUUCCUGUCAAUUUUCAUGUUGCUAAUGUACAUAAAGUUCUCUAUAGGAUGGUGAGAAACUGCAUUCCUUUGGAUGUUGAAUUACCAGCAUAUAGCUCUUUGCAGUUAUGAUAUGAACAAUGUUAACCAGAACACUACUACAGGAAUGGCCUUUGUCCAGCCAUGAGUGCUGUCACUGUAAUGCAUUGGGAAUAUUUAAGACAUGGAUUUACAGCCAUGUAAAAUGAGUUGUUUGUGGACUCUGAAAAAGAAAUGUACAUAUCCAGCCUCAAACUGUUUAUCUGUCAAUCUGUCAAAUAAAAAUGCAAGUUUAUACUGGUAAA